AUGGCUUCCGCUCUCCGUCUCUCGAGCGCAUUCCGCGCCGCCGCCCCUCUGCGGACUACAGCCUUCAAUGGCUUCCGCUGCUACUCUAGCAAGACCACCUCCUUGAAGGAGACCUUCGCUAACAAGCUGCCCGGCGAGAUCGAGAAGAUCAAGAAGCUUCGCAAGGAGCAUGGCAACAAGGUCAUUGGCGAGGUCACUCUGGACCAGGUCUACGGCGGUGCCCGUGGCAUCAAGUCCCUAGUCUGGGAGGGAUCUGUCCUCGACUCCGAGGAGGGUAUCCGUUUCCGUGGCAAGACGAUCCCCGAAUGCCAAAAGCUCCUCCCCAAGGCCCCCGGUGGCCAGGAGCCUCUUCCAGAAGGUCUCUUUUGGCUUCUGUUGACCGGCGAAGUCCCCUCCGAGCAGCAAGUUCGCGACCUCUCGGCCGAAUGGGCUGCCCGCUCCGAUGUUCCCAAGUUUGUCGAGGAGCUCAUCGACCGCUGCCCCAGCGACCUCCACCCCAUGGCCCAGUUCUCGCUCGCCGUCACUGCUCUCGAGCACGAGUCUAACUUCGCCAAAGCCUAUGCCAAGGGCAUUCCCAAGUCCCAGUACUGGGAGCACACCUUUGAGGACUCGAUGGACCUCAUUGCUAAGCUGCCCACAAUUGCGGCCAAGAUCUACCGCAACGUCUACAAGGACGGAAAGGUUGCGCCCAUCCAGAAGGACAAGGAUUAUGCCUUCAACUUGGCCAACCAGCUCGGUUUCUCCGAGAACAAGGACUUUGUUGAGCUGAUGCGCUUGUACCUCACCAUCCACACUGACCAUGAAGGCGGCAACGUCAGCGCCCACACCACUCACUUGGUCGGCUCCGCACUCAGCUCACCCUAUCUCUCCUUGGCUGCUGGUCUCAAUGGUCUUGCUGGCCCUCUCCACGGACUUGCCAACCAGGAAGUGCUCGUCUGGCUGCAGAAGAUGAAGAAGGCUAUCGGCAAUGACCUCAGCGACCAGGCCAUCAAGGAUUACCUAUGGUCCACUCUCAAGGCUGGCCAAGUCGUUCCCGGAUACGGCCACGCUGUUCUCCGCAAGACCGACCCCCGCUACGUUUCGCAGCGCGAGUUUGCCCAGAAGCACUUGCCCGAUGACCCCAUGUUCAAGCUGGUCAGCCAGGUCUACAAGAUUGCGCCCGGCGUCCUUACCGAGCACGGCAAGACGAAGAACCCGUACCCCAACGUUGACGCCCACUCUGGUGUUCUCCUGCAAUACUACGGCCUUACCGAGCAGAACUACUACACUGUUCUCUUCGGUGUCUCGCGUGCUCUUGGUGUGCUUCCCCAGCUCAUUAUUGACCGCGCUGUGGGUGCGCCCAUUGAGAGGCCCAAGUCUUUCAGCACUGAGGCUUACGCAAAGUUGGUGGGCGCCACCUUGUAA